AUGCCUAAGUCAAAAUCAAAAUCAAAAUUAAACAAGUCAAUGAUUACAUCAAUAACAGCUGUUAUUGAACUUUCAGAAGAACUUGAAUCAUCAAAAUGUAAUUGUUCAACUGAAAAACUUCAAGUUCUUCAACAAUUAAAUUCUCAAUCAUCAUCAUCAUCUGUUAUUCCUUCUAAAUUAAAGCCGAGAAAAUCUUCUCGUAAAUUAUGUUAUUCGAAUAUUCUUUCAGAAUUAUUUAUUAUAAAUAAUAAUAAGAUAAAUGAACAAAAAGGUGAAAUUUAUUCAACACCAAUUGCUAAAUCAAUUAUACUUGAAAAACAUGAAACAUUUGCUAAUCAAAUAUUAAAAACAUUUGAUAAAAUAGAUGAUUUACCAUAUUGUUUUACAAAAAAUAAUCUUCAAACACAAAUGAAAUAUCGAAUGAUUUCAUUAAUUGCUGAUCCAUUUUCUGAUCAAAUGGAUCGUAUGGAAACAUCAGUACAAUUAAAAAUUAAUCUUCUUCGUAUUAAUCAUAUUCAUUUAAAUAGUCGUUUACCUGUAAAAAUAAUUUCUACACCUAUAUGGACACGUUAUGCUGUACAUGUUGUUGUACAAGAUGAAAAUACACAUUGUCUUCGUUUAUCAAUUUAUAAUUGGUCAUAUAUUAUGAAUACACGACAAAUAAAAUCCUAUAAUUAUAUACAAGAAUGUUUAACACGUCUUUUACCAAUAAAUUCAUGUAUUGUUAUAUUAGAUCCAUGGUUUAAAAUGUGUCAUGAUGGUGAAAUAGGAUUACGUUGUGAAUCACCAAAUACACAUUUAUUAAUGAUUGAUUUUGAAACACGUUGUUCAACAAGUAAUCGAAUAAAUGUUGAUCAAUUACGUCAAUGGGGUAAUACAUGUUAUCAAGCUGAUGAUAAUCUUGGUGCUAUUCAAUUUUAUACAUAUGGUUUAAGACAAAUUGAUGAACAACAAGAAAAAGAAUUAACAUCCAAAGGAAAAUCAAUUGGUCCAAAAACGGAUGAAUGUGAACAACAUCGUAUUCGUCUAUUAUCAAAUCGAUGUGCUUGUUAUUUACGUGAACGACAUGCAGCUUUAGCUUUAGCUGAUACAAGUAUACUUUUAUCCAUAAAUGAAUUAUCACAUGUACUUGAAUCACCAAAAACAACUGCUGGCAAACUUCUUUUUCGUUGUCUUAGUGCACAUCUUCAUUUAGGUUUAUUUGAUAAAGUUGAAAGUCUUAUCAAAUCUCAUAAAUUUAAUAUUGGUUUAAGAAAUGGAGAAAAUUUAGCAGCUAUAACUAUACUUGAACGAGAAUUAAUAAGACUUCGUGAUGAAAAUAUAAAAGGACGAUAUGAUCUUCAAGGAAUGUUAUAUGAACAAAUAUCAAUUCAUAAAAAUGAUAAACCACCUUUAAUGUUUAUUGAUUUAUCACAUUAUCAUGCUGAAUGUAAUCGAAAUGAUCUUUUUGAAGUACGAUCAUGUCGACCAGAAGAAUUAACUAAAAAUGGAUAUCCAAAAGGUUCUUAUGGUAUUUAUGCUUUAAAAAAUAUUGAACCAGGUACUUUAUUAAUUGUUGAACAACCAUUUGCUAGUAUUGAUAAUCGAGUUAUUGGUGAACAACGUUGUUAUUCAAUGAAUUUUUGGCAAACAAAUGAAAAAAAUUCUACUAUUGAAUAUUGUAAUGAUGAUAUAUUACGUUUAUUAAAUGAAGUUGAAAAACAAUUAUUAAUUGGUAAUAAUAGUUGGAUAACAUUUGAUAAAAUUAAAUUAAUGCAACCUAUUCGACAAUGGUUAAUUGAAAGAAAAAAUGAUAAUGAAACUGAACAAGAAAAUAAUAAUGAUACAUCUGAAUUAUUAGACAAUGAUCAAAUGUUAGUUUUAUCAAAAAAACAAUGGCAACAGCCAUUUUCUAAACGAUUAUCACCUCCAACAUCACAUAUUCCAUGGCGUAUUCUUUUUGAAACUCAACAACAAAAUCCAUUUCGUUCAAAAUCAACACUUGGUUGGUAUCCACUUGGUUCAAUGUUUAAUCAUUCUUGUUUACCAAAUUGUUUAUGGUAUCUUAUUGGUGAUAAUCUAUUUAUAUAUGUUUGUGCAUCAAAUAUUCGACAAGGUGAUGAAUUAACUAUAUCUUAUUGUCCAUUAUGGAUAUCAUCAUUAAAUCAACGUACAUUUCAAUUACGUCAAUUUAGUAUAACAUCUUGUCGAUGUUUACUUUGUUCAUAUGAUCGAUCAAAUAUGCCACAAUAUGAAAUUGAAUUAAAAAAAUUUUCUAAUUUACGUGCAUUAUCAAGACAAAAAAAUCUUUCAUGUUCCAAACGUUUUAAUUAUAUUGAAAAAUUAAAUCAUAUUUAUGAAUUUAUAACAAAAAAAUUUCGACAACGUUCAAUUGGUUUUAUAAAUGAAUUUAUUGAUUUAGAAUCUAUUUCAAAAUAUAUACAAUAUGAAAAUAAUAAUGAUAAUAUUAAUGAAGAUAAAAUUCAAACAUUUUUAAAUGAACAACAAUUAUCAUUUCUUCAACGUUUAUCACGUGUUUGUCGUUUAACAAUAAAAGAUUUACCUAAAAUUGGUAAUCCAAUUUUUUUAUUUGGAACACAGAUAGAAUUACUUAUUCAUCAUCUUGAACAUUGUCAUACACAUGUACAUACUUGUGAUUUAAAACAAUGGAAUCGUUUACUUGAAUGUCUUUAUGAAAUAUUUACAUUUAAAUGUCAUGUAUCAACGAGUAAUAUGCAAAAAACAUUGAAUGAUCAUAAACAAUUAUUUACGAAUCUUUUACAAACACAAAUUUUUUUACAAGAUUCAUCUAUUUUAAAAUAA